AACUUCCCAAAAAUUAAUUGAAAUAACCACUAAAUUUCUUAAUGAGCAAAACAUGUCUAAAAGACAAAACAUACCUGAACAAACUGAAAUAAGUAAUAAAAGAACACAAUUCGAAUGCAACUUAGAUGAUAGUCAAGAAAUAGAUAUUUUGAAUGUAGAUGAACCUAAUAUAAGAAAAGACCUUGAUGUACAACUUUACAACCAUAAAAGUGCUUACUUAAAUUAUAACGAAUCUACUGAAGGACAAGACGUAGAAUUUUUCGAAUUUACUGAAGGACAAGAUGUAGAAUUUUUUAGUUCAGCAUAUGAUUCCCAAAGCAGUAACAUAUCCGAUAAUGAAUACAUAAUGUCCGAUCUGUCAGACACUACAGACAUUGAUGCUAAUGAAUAUAUUGAAUAUGAUCAUUUGUUUUCUGGAAAGUCAAAGGAUUCCGAAGACAUAUAUCAGGAAUUCCCAUCAGAGGAAUACGCUGAAUUUAUGAAUAUAGUAACACGGUUCCAUGUGCAAGAUUCACUUGCAAAUAUCUUUAUAAGAUUCUUCAAUAAAUACUCGAAUCGUAACGAUUACCCACUUCCAACAACAUCGCAAGUUGGGAAAACUUUUAUUGAAAAUCUCAAACUUUCAGGCUUCGGAUGGAGAAAAGAAGUUAUUUAUAAGUAUGAAGGGUUAGAAUACGUCCUUGAAUUCAGGACUGUGCUUGACGGGAUACAUCAAAUCUUACUCAACAAAAGUAUUACUGAAGAAUUUAUAUUCAAAUUUAAGUUGUCUGUUGAUAACCAGUCAUCCCAAUUUCGAUCAGCAACACGUAAACUUUUUCAUCGUACGUUUGCAGCUAUACUUCGACCAUUAAGAUCUCUAAGCAAUACUGGUAUUCAUCUCUAUGUCAAUGAAAGUCUCAAAUGGUUUUAUCCACAUUUGGCACUUAUAAUUUCGGAUUGGCCCGAAGCAUGUAUAUUAUGCGCUACUUAUAGGUCACCAAAUUCACUACAUCCAUGUCACUUUUGCUUAGUAGAUCGCGGUGAAAUGAAUAAUAUCUAUUUAAAAAAAGAAAAAAUGGUCAUUCGGAAUGAGAAUACAACUAAGACUUUUUUACGCCAAGAUAAUAGCAAGAAAAUUUCUGUACAUCAUAUUAGAAAUGCAUUGUGGAAGCGACCCAGUGGCCCAACAAGAAUUCUUGAGGAACGUCUUUCUCAAAUCCCUCAUUAUCCAAAUCUUAAGGCUUUUAAAAAUGGGUUUGAGAGAUUUAAUCGGUUAACUGCAUCGGAGUAUCAAGAUUUAAUGAGAAUAAUAAUUUUUGUCUUGGAUGAGUUAAUACCCGACAGAAAUCUCAAUAAACAAUUGUGUGACCUUUACUCAUUUUGGAUUGACAUGUAUAUUUGGAGUCAUCAACCAAAAUACACCAGAUCGGAUCUCAAUAAAUUCGAGCUAGCAGAUGUAAACGAAUUAUGGAGAGAUGGUUUUAAACAACUUAAAUGCUGUAUUUAUGACUAUCUUCAAGGUGUCGAGAAUUGGUCAUUACAAGAUAUAGAGAAUGAGACAAUCUUUAUUGAAAUAUUCGAGUUUGCUUAUUUAGAAGGCAGUUAUAAGGCGGUUAUCCGUGCGUCCUCUAAUUAUUAUGGGCAAGCAGCUUUCUCAGAUGUUUGUAUUGAAAUAGAUAAAUCAGAACAAGAUGAUUAUUUAACAGAUAAUGGCUUAU